AUGACGCUGCCGUACGUCGUCGACGCGCAGACGAGCCUUUCGCCGGCCGAGCUCCAGGUCCUGCACGACCAGUACGAGUCGGAGGCAGCUGCAGGACACAUCACUACCCAGACCAAGUUCAACUAUGCGUGGGCGCUGAUCAAGAGCCAGAACCGGCAGCAGAUGCUGCAGGGCGUGGCGCUGCUCACCGAUAUUUACCGCUCCGACCCCCCCCGCCGCCGCGAGUGUUUGUACUACCUCUCGCUGGGGCACUACAAGCUGUCCAACUUUGACGAGGCGAAGCGCUUCAACGGCCUCCUGCUCGAGCGCGAGCCGAACAAUUUGCAGGCACAGAGCCUGAAUGCGCUGAUCGAAAAGGGGAUUGCGCGCGGUACGUGUCUAUGCUAA